AUGACAAAUAUAGAAAGUAAAAAUAAUCAUUGGUGUGAAUUAGUUACAUCUGAAUUAAAUUUACCAACAAUUAAAACAUGUGUAUCAAUUUAUGAAAACUUAUCAAAUCUUGAUAAUCAAACAAUAAUUAAUGAAUGGAUUGAUCGAUCAAUAGCAACAACAAAUUGUUCAUACUAUCUUUUAACAUCAAUGACAAUAUCUCAAAAACGUAUUUUAACAAUAGUACAAUCCAUAUUAUCUUUUAUUCUAUUUUUACCAUUUAUUUUCGAAUUAAAUAUGACUGAUUUUCAGUUGAGUAAAGAUGAUCAUGAAGCAUUGGAAAAGUUUACAAAAUUUUUCUUAGUUAAAGCAGCACAAAUUAUUGUACAAUCACGUUUAGGUGAAAGGAAAACAACAAAAUCUAAACCUGUUUAUUCCGGAAAUGAAUGGUUUCAUCUUUCAAUUAAAGAUAUUCCAGAAGUUACUGUAAAUGCAAAAAAAUGUUUAGGAGAUGCUCAGCAUCUUCUAAUCGAUCAUCCACAUAGUCCAUUUUGUGUUGAAAUAUCGUUACGUACACCUGAUUGUGAUACAAUUACAUUAGAAACAUGGUGUAUAUCAUUUGAUGAUUCAAUAUCCGAUCCAGUACAACGUGUGCGAUUUAAUGUAUAUAAUCGUAUGAGUAUUGUACUUCGAUCUUUGCUUGCAUGUACACGUGCAACACCAACAUAUCAAUUAUCACGUAAACAAUCGGCUGAUAAAUAUAUUAUUUGUUAUAAAAUGUAUAGCGGUGAGCCUAUUGUUAGUCAUCUUGGUGAGCAUUAUUCAAAAAAAACAAUUGGAAGCAUAGUUACACCGAUUGGACGUUUUGUAUUGAAUGUUGCUUAUCGCACAUGUUUAACAAUGUCAUCACCACAAAUAGAUAAUGCAACAAGUAGUGCUAUGACACCAUUUGGUCUGGUUAUUAAAGAUGAUCAUUUUUCAUUGGAUAGAAAUCAGCAUUGUAUUGAAGAUGAUGGUGAUGCGCAAUUACCAUCAGCACAUAAUUCCAGUGUACCUAAAAGUUCACCUAUUGAAGUGUCAAAACGAAGACAUACAAGUUGUGAUUCGGUUUCUUCCAGUCAUGGAACACCUGAUCAAGUGUAUUAUUAUAGUAAAUUACGUGCAGCUUUUGCAACACCCGGUACAACAGCACAUCCAUCACAUAUGGGUUCAUAUACUCGUACGAAUGAUAAUGAUUUACCAUUUGUACUUAUGAUGCAACAACAAGAAAACACUCAUCAACAGCAACAUUCUAUGGAACAAGAUCAAUCACAAGAACAAAAUUCAAAACAUAAUUUUUUUCUAGGUGGUGAUUCAGAAAACGAAACAGCACCAGAUGAUUUUAUUCUUGUUGAAGUGAAGCCAUUUUUUGGUAAAAGUGAUUCAACAGAUGAUUUAGCUUUAUUUAUUCGUUCAUGUCAACAACCACCAAUGCUUGAAUCAUUUGUUGUUGAACCAUCACUUGGUGAAACAAUUGAUCAAUUAAAUGAAGAAUUACGUAUAUUUGAAUCAAAAGUUGAAGAAUUUGAUCAACUUGUUAGCACUUUGGAUAUGAAUCAGAAAGAGUGA